CACAUUUUUAAAACAUCUUGUCUACAGUAAAAAAAAAAGAACUUUACUGUAAAACUUAAACAGUUGUAGGCUAAGGAUGGAUGCAUUCUGGUGAGAUUUACUUAUAAACUAAUGGCAUUGUUUUACAUGCAUACCAAUAUUUUACCGUAGCUAUAUGAUAAGGUAUCUUACAGCAAAUCAAUUAUCAGGUUUUAAUCACCUUUUCUUUCGUUUACAUUUUACAGCUCUUCAAUAGCGCAUCAAUAGUGACCAAUAGUCAUUUCAGCUAACGCACUGACGUCAUGCCGGACCGCUGCUCUUAGAAUAAAACGAAGCGGGGAAAGUGAAGCCUGAGCAGUACUGCAAAAUGUUAGAUUCUCUGGCUCUACUGUUGGAGAAAACCUUCCUACUUGCACAUUUUAACUUUUUCAGAACCACUCCAUCUAAACAAGAAAGAUGCACAAAGCGUCGCGAGGAGAGCACUUAUUUCCAGCGCGGAGAUCUUUUGGAGGUUCCUCGCACUUUGUUUACUCACUUUGGCAUUUAUCUCGGUGACAACAAAGUUGCCCACCUCAUGCCUGACAUACUGCUGGUUAUGACCAGCAGCAACACAUCCCAAAUCCAGAAAGUAGUGACAAACAAGAGGUUGCUUCUCGGUGUGAUCUACAAGUAUGCAUCAAUACGGGUUGACACGGUGGAGGAUUUUGCCUUCGGAUCUCCUGUUUUGCUCAACACAAUGGAUACUAUCCUGAGAAAACAGCCGCUGGACGCUGAGGAGGUUGCCAGAAGAGCGGAAAAACUUAUCGGUCAUAUUCCAUAUAGCCUUCUUUGGAAUAACUGCGAACAUUUUGUCACUUACUGCCGCUACGGGACAGCGGUCAGCCUGCAGACAGACAAGUUCUGUGAAUGUUUCAAAUCAGUAAUCCGGGACCAGAGGAGUGUUCUUCUAACCACUAUCAUCGGAAUGCUUUCCAUGUUUUUUCUUGGAAUAGCGCCGUCCACCGCACUUCUAACCUUUAUCAUUCCUUUCAUCUUGUGGAUGGCUGGAUAAGAGACACUUCAAGUCUAAACACACACAAACUAGACUAUUUAAUGUAUCUUUUUAUUGUUAUUAUUUUUUUGCUGUAGCCUAGAAAGUCAUUGCGGCUGUUGACAUUCAGUUGUAUAUUUUCGCUAUUGAUAACUUAAUCUUUUUCAUUUUUUUACCUAACAUUUUAUAUUGUAAAUUUGUAUGACCUUUUAUGAAAACAUACUGUACAAUGUCAAUGUCAAAUCAAAUGCUAUAUUCCAUGAUAAUAGCACAUAUAGC